AUGGAGACCAGACUAGCAAAGAAGGCGGGGUCCUGGUAUAAAGCAGCUGAAGUUGAUUUGAUGCGUGAUAUUGACAAGUUCCUCGCCAAAGUGCCCGAGACUGUCGAUGAUUCUCAAUUGCCUGUCCCGGGAGCUCGAAUAAUCAUUGCACCACACGCCGGAUAUGAAUAUUCAGGCGAAACCGCCGCCUGGGCCUACAGCUGCCUGGAUCUUAGCAGGGCGAAGCGAGUGUUCAUCCUGGGACCGUCCCAUACUUACGGCCUCUCAGGCUGUGCUGUCACAACUUUUUCGCAAUAUGCUACUCCUUUCGGUGACUUCACUGUGGAUAGAGAUACCAUUGAGCGCGUGAAAGAAGCGGCGAGCAUGCAGAAUGUGCCUCGUAGGAAUGAUGAGGCGGAGCAUUCUCUCGAAAUGCAUUUACCAUUGCUCUACAAACGGUGUCAACAGACGUUCAAAUCGCCAGAGGAAUUCCCCAUGGUGGUCCCCAUUAUUGUCGGGAGCACCAGCCGAGCAAACGAGAAAGACAUCGGCCGAGUGCUCCUUUCAUAUAUAAAAGACGAAGAAAAUGCCUUUAUCAUCAGCUCGGAUUUUUGCCACUGGGGAGAGCGAUUCGACUACACUGCAUACACCGCCAAUGGAGACAUUGACAGUCUGAAGCAUCUCCAACCCUAUAGCUCGAAACCGUCGGGCCCCCCUAUCUAUGAAUCCAUUCAGUUGGUCGAUGAAGCGGCUAUGGAUGCCGUCAAGAGCGGCAGUCAUGAUGCUUUUGUCGACAAUAUCAAACGUACGGGAAAUACAGUGUGCGGAAGACAUCCAAUUGGAAUUGCCAUGGCUGCCCUGGAGCUUUAUGCCGAGGAGGUCAAUGACGAAAACAGGAGUCGCUUCAGAGUCGUCAAGUAUGACCGCAGUAGUGAAGUUGUGUGGCCCGAUGACUCGAGUGUCAGCUAUGUUUCUGCUUAUGCAGUUUUGUGAGAGGACGGUAUCCGCAAGAGAUGAAAUCAUCAAUUAAAUUAGCAGUGAAGAAUGAACCAUUGGGGAUUGCAGUGCGAGGCAUAAUAACCGUACACAGACGACGAUAGUAUUAACCAAGGCAUUAAUUAUAGACUUCUAAUUUUGAAAUUGCUUUGUCAACGCCG